ACCAGUAUCACCACGUGACCGUGUUUCCCGUUAUUGAGACGUUUUGCCCUCUGAAUCCCAGUUAUGCAACAGUUUGGAGCAAAAAGAAGACUAGAAGAUACCGAACUGCUGACCUCAGUGUUGUUUAUCCGGUGUGUCAGAUUUAAAAAUGGAGAGGCAAAAACUGCUCUGCGGUUUCCUUUUCAGCCUGACCUUGACCAGUGCUGCUGCCAUCCAGACCCUGCAAGAUAUUAAUGACUUGGAAAACACAACAACUUCUAUGAAAGAAUUCCCACGACACGGCCUCAUGCUUCUGCACUGGUUUGCUAACACUGUCGACGUUGAUUCAGCUGGAGACAUGGAACUUAAUUUUGAUCCAGGGCAAGGCAGCUAUGGAUUACACUGCUAUGAAGAUACUGAUAAAAGAGCGCCUUUCGAUUCUUCGGAAAGUCUCUAUUACUCUUUGGGUGACCUCGAUCAAAGAAGCGCUCGAAUGUUGCCGUUUUAUGUUCUGCAAGAUUUCCAUCAUUCAGGGGAAUCAGCUCAGAAAAAUGUAGACCGAGUACUGCUUCAAGUGCAGAAGAGCAAUCCAAGAAAAGUAGAGAAAGUGUAUAUGACAGAGUACCAUAAAGACCAGAGCCAAGGAAGGAGCUACAAUCCAGAUGAGACCUAUGAGAUCAGCAUUCAGCUUCUGAUUCAGAUUCGAGCACUUGGUAUGGAUAUAGCAUGUGAAACAUAUGAUCCUAGGCUAGAGUUUAGCCUGUGUGAGUACUUGAAUCAUCAACAAAAAGCUGCUAAAAUUUUAAUGGUAUAUCCCCAGGUUCCAGGUCUUGAAUGGUUUUUGACUCUGGCUGGUUACAACAUUGACUCAAGAUUGAAUGUAUUUUUACAAGCAUCAUUUUGUGCAUUUAACCAAACCGCUAAUCCAAAUGAUAAUUGCUCUCCACCUUCCAAUGGUAUGAGUGACGUCAUGCACAACAAAGUAAAACUAGAAGUGAAAUCCACUUCAGGAGGUUAUGCAAAGAUUACAUGGAGUGGAAUACCAGAGAAUGUUGCAAGAAUGAAGCUGAAAAUAGGAAUUUAUAAGGGCAGAACAAACACUGACCCUUUGAAAGAGUAUCCACUAAAUGAUAGAACAUAUGGAUCCAUAGACACUACAGUACCUCUAAAUCCUGGGCUUCAUGUACAGCUUCUACAAAGUGAGAAGAUUCCUUACUACUUUUUUUUCAGGACUACGUACUACACCAUGAUCUGGAAAGGUCCAGAGCUUGAUGAAGCCAACAGGAUUCCUCCAGUUAAUAUCAGAGGUUAUCAGAGCAGCCUACAGCUUUAUACUAAAAAUGGCUACGCCUGUGCCAGACUCUACAUCAAGAAGUCCUUCAUGAAUUGGAAAAACGUCUUUAACAAUGCUUGGGUGGCAAUCUAUGCUAGCAAGACAGAUGAUAAUGCAAAAUAUAAAGAGUACAAAUGGAGUAUAAACUUUGAGAAGAGUUCAAAAGAUGACUGCCCUUUGGAUUACGAGAUCUAUCAGUAUGAGUCCAGUGUACAUAUUGGCCUUGGAGUCCAGGCUCGAUUUAUGUUGACCUCACAUUAUGGUAGUGAGAAAGCUCGAACUGUUCCCUGGGAGGAAUAGUCAAUUUUCAGAUAAAAGCUGGACAAGGUUGUCUAGCUUUUCUAAACCUUUUGUCUUUGUGCCUUUUAAACAAUCAUAGACCUUUUACCUUUUUAGGACAAAUAGUCAAAUUUCAGAAAACCUCUAGGGCUAGGUUCACAAGGACAUCUAAUGACUAAGUUUCACUUACUAGUACUUUUCCGUCUUUAAACAAUAAAAAGAAACAACACAACCACAAUGAUUCAUAUUUCUUGUCGUGUUUAUGUGUUUCUGUGCUUACUCAUAACCAGUGUCUUUCUCAGUAUCUAAAAUACUGUAGCUGUUUCAGGUCAAAUUAAGGACUUAGCAUGUUUGUAAAACUGAGACAAUCCAUUUUUGCUUUUACAGAACUCUCAUGCAAUGUACUUUGUUAUAUUAACCAACCAAUUAUCUUCACUCCAAGUACACAAUUUUAUAGAUUAAUUUUCUUGCCAGGAGUCUAGGAAUAGCACCAAAUGAAAACCAUCCAUCUGAUGGCUGUUAAAAAUUGACCUCCAGUCUAAUAAAUGGUAACAUCGGCUGGUUUGUUAGAGUCCUUUCUGCUGUAUAACAUUCAUCUAAUCCGGAACUUCCUGCUGAAAUGUAUUGCUGUCCAUUGUAUUAGAAGUAUCUUGGUCAUGAAGGGUUCCGGGAUCGGUACUUGUCCCAUAACAAGUGGUUGUGGUGAUCUUGGUUAAAUGUAUAUUUUCCUUUCUAGAAAAUAAUUGAUGCAGUGAUACAAAGGUAACAGUGCUGGAAGAGAGUGGGUUCUUGUAAGGACAGGUUAGUGGUUGUCUUUUUGCACUUGAGAUGACCCACUAUACAGCACUAAGGUGGUAAUGCACAAAAAGAUCAUUAAUAAAUAACCUAAAUCAAAUUUGAUUAAGGCUGUCAGUGGUGUAUUGGCAUCACAUUUUUUUUAUACAUUUAUUAGAUGAGUGUGCUGAACAAAUAUAGCUAAUAACAUUAUAUUAUUAGCAUGUAUAGAUUCUAAAAGUCUCAGUUUACUCCACUUACAAACAUUAAUUACUAUCGUUGUCUAAGCCUUUUUAUGAAUAUCAUUUGACAUGACAUUUAUAUUGCUGC